UCCAAAAUCAACCCGGAUUUCGAGUGGAAGUAACUAACCCGUCAGGUGCGUUUCAAAGAUACAGUUAGGUGAAUUGUUUCAAAGCAAAUUUUAGCGGUGUUUAAGUGAUAUAGAAAGAAACAAAAAAUAAGCAGUGUAGACCAUAUAAGUGGAUCAGUAGUGCAAACAGUUUCCUUGACAUAUCGUUGCAGAUUUUCUGUUGCAAGAAAUUCUCCCUCAGAAAAGCCUCCACAUUACUGGAAACCGAUUUAUCACAUCAAAAUGGCAUUCUCAGCGUCGUCCACAUUCUCCCAGCGGAUUCUCGUUGCCCUGCUGGUAUGCACUCUGCUCAUAGAUCUAAGUUCUUUCACCGAAGCCCGACCACAGGAUGAGCCGACGUCCAUGGCUGAUGCUAUUCGACUCCUGCAGGAACUGGAGACCAAACACGCCCAACACGCUAGACCAAGGUUGGCACGCAGUGAACUUCCCCCCAAUUAUAACGGUAUUCACUCGGGACUUGACAAAAUUAUCGGAUAUUUCAUCCUAGAAGCAAUCGAUAGAGCUCAUUCAUCCGAUGCUAGACCAAGAUUUGGCAAAAGGGGCUAUCUUAACCCAGUUGGUUAUGGCCAGGAUGAACAGGAGCGUAACUAUUACAGGAUGAUUGGCAGGAUUCAACGUUUUCAAGAUGAACAGAACAGCCUCAAUUAAGAUGAAUGGACCGACCGAAAAAGAGCGAACUAUGCCCGGCCAUCGCGUAAUUAGCACCAUUCAUCGAGAAUCAAAGUAGUCUGAAUUUGUUUGAAAUCAAAAACAAUAACAACUGGAAGCAUACUUGAAGACAAAAGAAAAUAAAAAUAUUAUUGCAACAUCACAACGAUUGUCAUAAUUGGACUUUAGUGAACAAAAAACAAUGACGAAUAUCAUAUAAUCUUCUCACGUUAAACUGUAAUCAGUGUAUAUGAAGCGAGCGUUAUGCGCCACAAAAAUCAGACAUUUAUAAAAGUAGUUCAAUGUCGUUGAUCAAACAAUUAACUUGUGAUGAAUUAAAUAAUUACUGCUGCGAUUGUUUUCAACGAAAGGAGAUAUGUAAAUAAAAGUAGAUUGUACAGAAAAUUCUAUUCCAGCAUUAACUGAGUGUCAAAAAAAAAUGCUGCAUAGACAUGCUUUUUUGACCGUUGAGCAGAAAUAAAGUUCACAAAUCAGAACGCA